AUUUAAAGAAUUUAGAAUAUUUAAAAUUACAAGAUGUUAUUCAUAAGAUACGCCCGCUCGAGAGGUUUUCGGUUGAGCUUGCUAUGGAAGACGAAAACAAAAAUCAGGCUAAAGGCCAAAUGCUCAGUGCAAUUAUAUUGAAGGCUCUCAAGAAUCCACUUAACCUGGAGGAAUUGGUAUGCACGUACUCGGCAACAAUAAUGUUGCUUCUUCUGGAUCGGGAAAUGCAAAGCAAACGAUUGGAAAUUCUAAGCGAGAGCUUCAAUUACUCUGAUAUGUUAAAGCCAACCAUGAUCCACUAUGCCACACGGGAGCUGCUGGAGACGUUUAAGCAUUUAGCCAGUCUAAAGGAGGAGGAACCCGAAGACUUUGAUUACAUGUUAUAUUUACUUGCCUAUAUGCCCCAUAUUAUAAUUGCUAGUGAGACUGGAAAAUUUAUAUCGUUGUCCUUACUGCGAUCAUUUAUUGCCGACUUGACGAGGUCUCCUCCCAUAGUGAUGCAUAUAUAUCGAAGUAUUUCAGAAGUCUAUCAAAUGAUUAAAGCAAUGGACAUGACGGAGAUUUUGGGUGAAUGGUCGCUGCUAAAGAUCUAUAUAUUUGUACGAAGCUUUAGCUUGAUUUUGACCACGGCUGCACUAAACACAAACAACGCAGCGCUUAAACAAGCUGGUUAUCGCGGUUUUGAGUUACCCCAGGGAGAAACGGAGCUGGAGAUGAGUAAUUGGUUUAAAACACUACGAAAUAGGCUAGGCGAGAAGCAUAAAAAUGACAGCAGUAGGCAAAGUGCAGAGCUCCUACGAUUCAUUGACUUUAAUAUUCUAAACUUUUUAAGUGAAUCGGGAACCGAAGUAACUUCUGAAGCUGGAAAUGAACCUUCUGCAUAAUAUAAACAC